GUGGCCAUGGUCCUAGUGCUCUUGGUGGCCAUCCCCCUGUUGGUCCACACGACCAAAGGGGGAAGUGCUGGAAGUGGAGGAACCCAUUAUGAGAUGCUGGGUAGCUGCAGGAUGGUGUGCGACCCCUACACCACCUCCCAAACUGGCCAGGAGCUGAGUGCUGUGUCACCUCCACCACCGGAUUAUGCUGGGAGAAAGACAAAGGCAGGAUUCCGAGGGCCCCCAGGGAUCCCCGGACCCCAGGGAGCUAAAGGCCCCCCAGGAGAGAGGGGUAAGCCAGGUCCACAGGGCCCCCCAGGUCCAGGGUCCGGAGGCUACGUGCCCUCCUUGUACAGCCCCAAGAUAGCCUUCUAUGCCGGGCUGCGCAAACAGCACGAGGGCAGCGAGGUGCUCAAGUUUGAUGACGUGGUCACCAAUGUGGGCAACUACUAUGAGCCCACCACUGGCAAGUUCACCUGCCCCCUGCCUGGCAUCUACUACUUCACCUACCACGUACUCAUGAGGGGCGGAGAUGGCACCAGCAUGUGGGCCGACCUGAGGAAGAACGGACAGGUAAGAGCCAGCGCCAUUGCCCAGGAUGCCGAUCAGAAUUACGACUACGCCUCCAACAGCGUGAUCCUGCACCUGGACGUGGGAGACGAGGUGUGUGUGCAGCUGGACGGAGGGAAGGUGCACGGGGGGAACACCAACAAAUACAGCACCUUCUCUGGCUUCCUCAUUUACCCAGACUGA